AUGGUUUUGAAGGAUAAAAAAAAAAAAAGAAGAGAUUCCACAAAAUAUAUGAACAAAAGGAAUUCCGAUAAAUUACAAGAAAAGGAAAAGAAUGACAAAUUACAAAAUGUCAAUGACAUAAACGAAUUUUACAACGAAAGUGAUUUACCAUGUUAUGAUAAUAAUAACGAUAUUUUCAUUAAAGAUAAGGACUUUUUUCACAACAUUUUAAAAUCUGAAGAUGAAUUAGUCACAAAGAAGGAUCUUAAAAAUGAUCAAGAGACAAGAGAAAAAGGACAACAAAAAAUUCGACACGUUGAUUUUGUCGUAGCAUCGGUAGCUUUCAGCAUACCCCCCGGCAUGAUUUAG